AGAUAAUAAUGAUGAAGUUGGUUGUACUAGUUGCCCUUGCCGCAGCUGUUUUCGCAACAUGGAAUGGACAAAUUGAAGAUGUUCCCGGAGUUGCCCCUCAAAAUAUGGAAAAACUCCGUGAAAUCCUCACUUCCCGCCCAAACAACAAGGAGGAAUUCAAAAAUAAGAUGGAGAUGUGGUUGAAUGGCCUUACUGAGCCAGAGAAGGCAGCUGCUUACAAAUUCAGGGAAGAGAUGCAAGCACACCAAGAAGGGGGUCAACCAGUAGUCUCUCCUUCAAAGUAGAUUAUUAUUA